AUGGCCGGGCAGUUGGAUGCUACAGCCAGUGGCAGCGUAUACCAGAGGUUUGGACAAAGCCAUUUUGCAAAGGAGGUUCAGCAACACAUGAGUUUGCUGCUUAUCCGUUCUACGGUUUUCGCUCUGAAGAACCGGCUGCUUGGUCAAGGGGGCCUCGAUCCAGACUCUCUUGGGCGACUUCCGGCACCUUGGCUGGUCAGCUGGCUGAGAACGUUGCAACAGGCCGAGGACGAUAUCACACCAAGCGUGGAGGACCCAAGGCCGAUGGAGGAGCUGCCGGAGGCAUCGGCUGCCUCCACGAUGUGCGAGAGUGAGGUUGCGAGGCCAGAUAGCGAAGCUGCGCAGACCGGCGAUGCCUCGCCAAGCGCUGGCGGCCUUGAGGAUAGUCGCACGCAGCAGCUGCUCUCUCCUUCGCUUCGGGCACCAGCAGAUGGAGGAACGCUGCGAGUGGCUUUCCGGGCAUGGAGUACAAUCUUCCACAUUGUAGUGGGAAUCUUCGCAUGCUUUGUGAGCUGUAAGGCGUUGCUAGCGCUGAUUCCAGCAGAUCAUUUGGAUUUGGAUGAGCCCCUGAGGAACAUCUCAUGUUCAGGUGAAGGCGAUCUCGCCCAUUUCCUGGAAACCCGCAGUGACCUUCACUUCGCCUUGCUGAACGAUACCGUUCGCCGCUGGAGUAGUCCUGGGGUGGCUGGAGCAUGGCUGCCGCUGUGCUCCCAAACGCUGAUGGGCUGUGCGCCCGGACAUUUUGCCACACCUUACUCCACACCAUCACUCAGCUGUUCUGCUCAAGGACACUACAGCUGGCAGGGCUCUUGCGAUGCCAUCAGUUGUGGCGCCCCACCGCGCUUGCCUCACGCCACGCCGCGCAUGAGCGACAUCAAGCGGCAAAAUUGGACAUAUGGGGUCACGAUCCACUACGACUGCGACAAACCUGGAUACUGGGGCAGCCUCUCUGCUCAUUGCAAUGUCACUGGGACUUGGAUUGUGGAAGGUGCCUGCGUGGAGGUGACCUGUAGCACACCUCCACAAGUUGCGCACGCUGAAGCCUUGUGGGAUCCAUCGCAGGGCAAUGUGAGCACAGGCAUGGUGGUGCGCUACCAGUGUGAUGAGAUGUACAACGGCACGCCAACAGCGAGUUGUGGAGACGAUGGCAUGUACAUGGUCUCAGGCCGCUGCCGCCGAGAGUGUGGCCCACCACCCAGGGUGCCGCAUGCUGCACCCAGGUUCAACAACUCGCAUGUCAGGGGCGGAUGGUUUGUGGGCAUGCGCUGUCCUUAUGUUUGUGACCCAGGCUACCAAGGAUUUGCCACAGCAGUGUGCCAGGAGGGUGGAAAUUACAGCGUUUCCGGGCAUUGCGCACCAGUGCUUUGCGGCACACCACCCAAACUGCCGCAGGCCGCUGCUCGCAUGGAAGACGUGACCAAGCAGAACUUUAGCUUCGGAUCCUUGGUGCACUACGACUGUGUCAAGCCAAGGUAUCGGGGGCACCUUUUGGCGCGCUGUUUGCCCACCAGCCGCUGGGAGAUCAACGGCAGUUGCCGGGAGGUGACCUGUGGCGAACCCCCGGCUGUAGCGCAUGCAUCACCCCUGGAGCCUGAGUCCAAUGUCACGGCUGGGACGGUCAUCCGAUACCAGUGUGAUGAGACCUUCAAUGGGACACCCAGUGCCACCUGCGGCUAUGACGGGAGCUAUGUGACCCUGGGCCAUUGCCGCAAGGAGUGUCUGGCCAAACUGCCGGCAGUGCCCUUUGCGGUGCCCAAAGCGGCUGAACCACCGGCGGAAGGUUGGCUGUCAGGUAUGGGGGUGCCAUACGUUUGCGAACCUGGCUAUGACGGCACGGUCAUGGCCAUGUGCAACAACGAUGGUAACUUUUCAGUGGAAGGCCGCUGCCAAACUGCAUCCUCAGUGGAGACCCGAAGUCUGCGGAGUAAAUUGACAGGCGUCUCUACGGCCAUGGGGGUUGAGAACGUCUUGAUCUUGGCGGCUCUGGGGCUCUUUGGAUGGCAAAGGUAUCGGAGGGUUCGCCUUCCCGUGCGGGAUGCCUCGCUGACACACGGCCUUGCCCAAGGGGCCAACGAAAUGGAAGGAAUGUCCGGCCCAACUUCACAGAGCUGA